CUCCCAUGUCGUCGGCAGGACUUGGCUGCGCACUGUCUCCCAGUGAAUAUGUACUCUGCGCGGAUACUCUGGUGACAUGGCUUUUUGAUACUGAGGCCAAAGGCAUCCUGCAUCUCCCUUCUCGAAGAUUUCUCGUCCCCGGCGACGUCAGACUCAGCGCCACUUAGCGUCACUCCGGAGGUCGUCAACUAUGACAGAAGACAUGGCUCUGCUCUAUACAUAAGAAUCUGUCAAGCGUUCGCGGCAUACACGUCGCUAUCCCCCUGUACCUUCUCGCAAUUCGCAACUCACAACUCGCGACUCAACUCACGCUAACGCUAUGACCUCGCAAUACGAGAAAGGCCACCUGCCCGACCCCUCUCAGGAACAGCCGCCCCCAGGCGCGCAGCACCAGAUGAACCCCGCGCCAGCAUCCACAAAACUCCCCACAGAGGACUCCGGGUACCAAACCUACCGCGCCGCAGGCAAGCUCGAGGGCAAGCGCGCAUUGAUCACCGGCGGCGACAGCGGCAUCGGGCGCGCGACCGCGCUGCUCUUCGCCUUGGAGGGCGCGGACGUGGUCAUUGUGUACCUCGCGGAGGAGGAGAAGGACGCGCAGGACACGCGGAAGCAGGUAGAGGCGAAGGGGCGGAGGUGCGUCUGUAUUCAGGCCGAUCUGACGAAGGCGGACGAGUGUAGGAAAGCGGUGGAGGAGAGUGUGAAGGCGUUGGGCGGGCUGGAGAUUCUAGUGAACAAUGCAGCGUACCAGAUGGUCCAGAACUCGAUUGACGAGUUGAGCGAGGACCAAUGGGACCACACGUUCAGGACGAACAUCUACGCGUACUACUACAUGGCGAAGUACGCGCUGCCUCACCUUCGCAAGACGAAAGGCUCGACCAUCAUCAACAUGGCGUCCGUCAACCACUACAUCGGCCGGCCCGACCUGCUCGACUAUACGUCGACAAAGGGCGCGAUCGUCGCGUUCACCCGCGGCUUGUCUAAUCAGGUUGUGGGUGAGGGCAUCCGCGUCAAUGCGAUUGCACCGGGGCCGGUGUGGACGCCACUUGUCGUCGCGACGAUGGGGAAGCAGAAUCUGGAGCAAUUCAACGCGACGCCGAUGGGCAGGCCUGGACAGCCGACCGAGAUCGCGACAUGUUGCGUAUUCCUCGCCAGUCAAGACAGCAGCUUCAUCAGCGGUCAGACGCUACACCCCAACGGUGGUACCAUGGUGAAUGGCUGAACGCUAGCAAUUUUUCUCAGUAUCGAUUGCAUCUCUAAGAGGCAAAAUACAAUCGAAGUGAUCAAUGCCCCCA